AUGUCAGAACUUAACAACAUCAAGGGCCGUUUGGCCCUCAUCACGGGUGCUUCUGGGGGAAUCGGUGCAGCAUGUGCUCGCCAACUCGCACUCAAAGGCACCAACCUAGCCCUAACCUACAUGUCCAGCCUCUCCGCCAUUGAGUCUCUAGUCACCGACCUCCACACCCUCAGCCCCAACCUCAAAAUCUCAAUUCACAAAGUUGACGUCGGCAAGAAGGAAGACAUUGAUCAAAUGUUCUCCGAAAUCGACACCCAGCACGGCCACCGUCCGGAUAUACUUAUCUCAAAUGCCGGGUACGGAAAACGUGUGCCCCAGAUAUGGGAUAUUACGUUGGAGGAGUUUGAUUAUACGAUUAACGUGAAUUUGAGGGCGUCGUUCAUUUUGGUUAAGGGCUGUGUGGAGUAUAUGAGGGAGCAGAGAUGGGGACGGAUUGUAUUUAUGUCUUCUAUUGCGGCGCAGGGAGGGGGGAUUAAUGGUUGUCCUUCGAAAGGCGGUAUGUCAGGCAUGAUGCGCAAUCUGUCCACGCGACUAGCUGAAUACAACAUCAGCGUCAACGACGUUGCGCCUGCUAUGAUUGGGGAGACGGGCAUGAUUCCGAAUGGAGCUGCGUUUCCUGGGUUAGCGGAGAGUAUCCCUCUCAAGAGAUUGGGUGUGCCGGAGGAAGUUGCUAAUACGGUUACGAUGUUGGUUACGACGGGGUAUAUGACGGGGCAGAGUCUGUUGUUGGCUGGUGGAUUGAAAUAG